AUCCAAUAAAGAAAAUGGUUUGCAGUAAGUCAAUAUUUUCUCAAGUCAGUUGCCAUCCUUGUAAUUGAUUUCACUUCUAGUUCAUGGUUAUUAUUAUUAUAAUAGUUAUUAUGAUUAUGAUUAACAUUAUUAUUUUAUCACCAUCAUCGUUAUCAUCAUCAUCAUCGUCAUCGUCGUCAUCUUUCACAUCAUCAUCUUCUUCACUGUAUCAUUAAAAAAUAUCGUCAUCAUUAUUAUUGCAAUUAGAAAAUGAAGACUUGCGUGCCUUUGUUAAACUUUGUCGGUGUGAUUUUCAAGUAAUAAUCCCUGGCAGGCGGCGUAAGGACAAGCUUUGAGUUCAGAAUCAGCUUGAGGCGUCUAUUCUUAUUACUACUAUUUCUGUCAUUAUUAUUAUUAUUAUUAUUAUUAUUAUCAUCAUUAUAAUCAUUAUUAUUAUUAUUAUUAUUAUUAUUAUUAUUAUUAUUAUUAUUAUACUUCUCACUAUAGGCGACCUGCCGUGGAGUCCGUGUAGCGUUACUUGUGGCUCUGGAACACAGUCACGCAGUAGACCCUGCAUAAAUGGAAUUUGUUCUGAAACUCGAACUUGUAAACUGGACCCUUGCCUUAAUGGUGAGUAUGAAAUUUAAAUAAGCAAUAUAUCUUCUCCGAUUGCAAAUAAAAAUUUAACAGGCAAAGUCGCUAAAAAUCGAAGAUGAUUCCCUUAGUCACUGACACGGUGACGUAUCGCACUGUCUGGUAGUUUUUUGUGUUAUUUAAUAGUAAUUAAAUAAACCAAAAAAGCUUUUUUAAAGGAACGAAAAUGCUUACUAACAAAAACCAGGAAAAAGAACCUUUAAUUCAUUUCUUAAAAUGGAUCCAAAGUAUAGUAGGGGGACAUAUUGGCUAUUUAUCUCAUAGAGAUAUAUUAUCAUUUGCCCAAUACAUUUCUCUGUUUCUGAUUGACUUUAAAUCCCACGACUACUUCUUCAUAACCCGCUGCCGCUGAACAAAUUUAGCAGAUGCUUAGAUUAAACCAUCAUUGACGUAAGUCUCUCUGACGUCAAUAAAUGAGUAUGCGAUAUAGCAUUGACGUCGCAAAAGACAGCGUAGCGGAAGCUUAGCUCUCGUGGGUGUAGAACUCUAGAAAAAGCGAAAGAGUUCACGGACAUGCAAAGAAAAAAUAGCAGAAUUACUUGCUAACUCACGAUAAACCGCUUUUUGAGGAAUAUCUGCAGGAAUGUAAAACAUUCGUUCACACUUUGAACGUACCACGGAACAAGCACAAAUUUUACUCACCUUUUUACGUCUUUUACGUACCCACGGUAACAAUGCAGUCACCGAUCAGCAAACAAAUUUUUAAACAAACCUUUUAUUUCUGAUCUCUCUGUUCGCCUUAUAUAAACCUACAAAAUAUCUGCAAAUAGCGCCUGACCGGUGACAAAAACACUCAGCGUAUGAGUAUAAAGAUUAUCCUAAAUUGAGCAUAAAAUUCAAUUGCUUGUCAGCCUUCGCGUUGAUAAAGAAGCCAGAUUAUGAGCAGAAUAUUCAGGCAACAAUUUAUUUUCAAAACAUCAAUUCUUAAACAUAUACGAUCAUACAGCAGAUACAAUGAACAUUUCAAGUGUACCAGAUCGGUGAAGACGCGCGGCCUGUUGCGUACUUUUCGGUAAACAGUUCAGAGUCAUAAAUCAAAUCACUGUUGAACGAACACAUGCCUUUUCCCACUUUCCAAGUGUGCUGUAUUCUUUUCGUAAACCACACACUACGUAAUACUCCUAGAACCAUACCAGAUCGAUCGGCUAAGCUUCUCUAUCUCAAAAGACUCUUGAGAACGUCAUGUUGUCGGUCGCCCAUGACGUCGUUUCCUGGAUCGACUUCAUUCAGGAAUUUGAGUUUUCGUACCCUAAACGCCUUUCUCCGAAAACAAAACAACACUCACGGGUACUUUAGAAAUAGCAGACUUCACUUUGCUUACGUGGAGCGACGGAUGAUUUCUUUAGAUUCUUCGAAUUUAGUGUUGGCCCGAAUGAUUAUUCUGGAAACUGUCACGGCGCACAUGCGCAUGACCGUGAACCCCCUUCCCCCUCCCUCCGCCCCCCGUCCGCUUUAAAGGAGUGCAUUGCACACGCCUCAGCAGUAGAGGGUCUUUGAGACACGGGUUUACCCCGUUCAUUGACCCGACUGCUAUGCCAUGCUGGUGAGUUCCGAUAAAUGUCAGUGGCUGCCACUGCCCGCGUGAUAUAGCUGUGCGCAUGCGUGAGUUGGUGUAAAUGUGCCCCUUGCUUGCACUACUUCCAAGGAACUUCCAAGGUAAUUUUUGCUUAUGCAAUCGACUUAAGUUGAAUCUUUUAUUCAAAAAUUACUGUAAAUCAGGACACUUCUAAACAAAUUAAAUAGCGCUUGCAUAUAGUUAAAAUCUUUGCUCUUUGGCACUAGUUAUAGCAAUAGCUAUAACUAGUAAAUAUUUCGAAUAUACCUAUAUAAAUGUCAAAUGGAUUUGCGUAUGAUGCGUACUCGAAAAUAAAUUUGUUCUUUCUGCUGUUCGUGGGAGGGUCUGAAUGAAGGGAUCUACAUGUCGCGUGGUCGGUGAAAACGUUCGAAAAUGACCGAAUUUAUACUAGGGACGAAUUAUCCGUCUGAGACGAAUUAAUCGUAUAGAUAAUGACAAAUUCCGCUUUCAGACGAAUUUUUAAUCGCUCCAAAUUCGUCUCCACGUCUGAUAGACGUGCUGACAGACGAGAGGAAAUGGGGAUUCGUUCGCAGAGCUCUGUUAUUUUUUUGUUGGAUCAUACAAAGUAUAAAAGCCAUACAAGCUCAUGCAGUUCCUGACAAAAGGAUGGGACUGUGAGACCAUAGACAAUGUUUACUACUAAACAGCCUGAUUGCGAAUUUUUAAUUGUUAAAGAUUAUUGAUAUUAUUAAUAAUUAUUAUUCAUUUUAUAUUUAAAAAUUCAUUAAAAGUUAUUCAACUUAUAGUCAUGCAUAAUGUAUAGUAUUAGUGAAAUAAAUUUUAUGAACAUUUUAAGAACCUUUUCAGGCUGAUUCCCCACUAAGCCGGUGAAUAAGAACUUGAACGGCCUGAACCUCGAAAUCACAGGCUCUUAUAUGCCUGUGAAUACUUUGCUGACGUCGUUGUUUACAUAUGCAUUUUUCCUCCCUAGCAUACGACUUAACUCAAAGAAGCCGUGGCCGUAUAUAUGAACUAAAUGCAAAAGUUGAAAGAGUUGAUUAAGUUGAGCAGUUUGUGCAAUUUUCAGCUCUUUGCAACCAAUAUUGAAGGAAAUAUUAGCCAUCAAAAACUGCAAAAUUGCAGGGUGGAAAAAAAGUUAGUAAGCCAUACAUCCUCUGUUAAAUUUCGAAUUUUUAGAAGACAAUUUCUCCGAAACCAUUCGGUGUAUUGGGCUCAAAAUUUCAAAGAUAACUAAAACUGUUAUGCCUUUUCAAUAUUCAGAGUUUAUAGUUUAUCGUCAUCAGAUAGUGAUAAGCAUAAUGUUGAUAAGGCCAAAAAUGUAAACAAAGAUUAGCCUAUACCGACGUGAGAUAAGGACUUUUUUUACCUUUUAACAAGCUUGUGGGACUUACUACGAGAAGGUUGGAUGCUUUAAGGAUAAAUAUAAACGACCAUUGCCAAUCUUGCUCCUGAACAGAACAGCCGACAUUGACUUGGGAAACUACAAAACGUUUCUUAACAAGUAAGUUUCUAAGUUUAGCGCCGUGUCGAGUCAUUUCCAUUGUCUAUAUCCUCGCAGACAUGCAAUCCGUAGGGAAACAUAGGUUGUUUAGAGCCUAAACAUACACAUUCAAGUAGCGGGUUGAACCAGAUUAGAUCACCGGAGAACAUUUAAUACUCACUCCCCGUCUCACACGGUCCUAGUCCACAAUAAUCUACAUAUUCUGGCAUACACUCCAAAUGGAAAAUCGUGACUGAGUUUACCCAUAAAGGUAUCCCUUAGGUUUUGUAUGUGCGUAACGAAAUGUGGUAGGGUCUCCCUAGGGGGCAAGGGUCAAAGAAAGACUGAACCACGUCCAAAUAGAUCUUAUUGACGAUACUCGCCAUCUUUUUUCUAGCGAACAGAAAAUGAAGAACUUUUUAUCUUAAGGCAAAUUAUCGGUGGAAAUGAUCAUUGUUACUUUUACUUUUAGCGACCGUAGAUGUCCUCACUGCAAGUUAUAAUGACGUAUUAAAAACUUGUCGAAAUUCGAAAUGUACAGUUUGCAUGACUAUUAAAUCGUCGUUUCGUUUGGAGAGAAUAAACAAACUCGAGCGCGAUAACUCGUAUUGGCAAAUUUUGUCACUUGUUUGCCCCCUGAAAUACCACGUGACAUUGCUUUACUCCCAUCAACCCUAAAGCGCUUGCAAAGAUGGCGGGUAACAUGAAUAAGGUCUAUUGGUUUCGUUAAUUCUAAUUUUUCUUUGAGCAUCUCCAUUUCUUUCAUUUGGAAGUCAUUCCGGGAGAGAGGGGGCAGACGAAAGUUCAUUUUGUAACUUGGCAUGUUUUGUUUUAGUUUGUGUUGUUUUAAUCUGUUUACCGUUUAACAACAACCAAGAAGAUCUAAAUAAGGGACUGUGCAAUAAUUAUCUGGAGGGGGUUCUAAAAUUAGCAAAGUAGGCCUUAAAAUAAAGUUGCACCCCCCCUGAAUUAAAGUUAAAAUAACUUCUUCUCCACCCCCGUCUAGAGGGGAGAUUACUUUCAACCCCCCCUCCCCAACCUCCGAUCCUCCCUACAUCCCUCUUUACCUUUACAUUACUUCUGGUAUGUCUGCAUCAUCAAUAAAUAAAACUUGGAAGCUGCGCUCCACAUAAUCGUCGCCUGAUGAACCACCUUCAUACUCGGUUGACUCCUCCUCAGAAUCACUUGAGGUAUCAUCAUGAGAACUGGAGGGCAUGUUUUCAUCAUCAUCUUCGAUGUCUUCAUCAAAUGUUCUUGCUACAGAACCAUCUGCAUGCUUAAGUAUUCGCUCAACUAAUUGUGCCUUGUUUCCAGAUACCAUUAGACCUUCUUGUCUUAGAUAGAGCCGAAGUUGCUUGUUAGUCAGUCUUUCAACAUCGUCUCUGCUCUCCCAACAAAUAUCUUCUGGAAUGGUGUUUCUUUCCAGAUUUCUUUUGUCUGCUUUUAGAGCCAAGAAUUCAAGGUGCUGAAGAUAUCUUCUGCAAGAACUUUCGUCGAUGUUAAGCUUUAAGCAUGCUUGCCGUAUGGCCUGGUUAUCAGAAGAGGUCACUUUCUUUUCAACAAACAUCUUCUUCACUUGUACACUAGGAAGGAUACUGUCAACCUCGCUUGGAGCCAAACGAGGUUCAUCAACUGGGAGAUACUUUCCUGGCGAGGACGGACCAAGGGCUGGCAAUGGAGAUCGUGUAAUGGGAAUGCCACCUGUCCAACCUUCUUCCUCGCAUUCAUCGCAGGUUGGGUCACAUGAAAACUUCAAGUACUCAAGGUAGUAUUGUCCUUGCUUCACAUGGGCAUCUUUCAUCUUUUGAAGCUUUGAAAAAACUCCGUUCCCGCAUAUUUUGUGUCGUUGCUGUGGAGAAGCCUUCCUCCAUUUAAGAAGGUACUUCGAGAGAUGAAGCAGGAUGUGAGUUUCCGGAUGGUAGCUGGCAAGGGAGAUCAGGAAGUCAUUCUUUCCAGGACCCGAUUCGUCAUGAAUGCGCUGUGCAAUUUGGUUGGCCAUUGACCAAGUAUUUGCUUCCUCCCAGGCAAUGCAGUGUUGUUCUAUGUCUUUCAAGCACAUUCUUUCCAAUUCUGCAGUAGGAAGCCCAUGAAAAGGGUCAUUGGGUGGGGCGACCGGACUUCCUGUCGUAAGAGCUUCUCCAAUUGCAGCAUUAGUGCGUUCUGCCUCGUUCUGCGCCGAGUCAUGCGGCGCCCUAUGCAAACGAAUACGAUGGUCUGAUUCAAGCAACUGGCACACCAGAAGGAACAAGUCCUGGACUUCUAUAUUAUGGACACCUGCUCCAGGACCUUUGUCUGUCAAUUCUAAGACAUUGGGGUAUGGUACAGGUCGCUCUGGGAAACGUCUCAUUAUAUCAUAAAGCUUCUUACAAGAUUCUUCGGUGCCUUUAAUGUCCUCAGGAACACGGCAUGUCUCCAGUUUCUUUUUGAGAUCUUCUACUUGUUGAUAGAUAGAUGAAAUGCUUUCUUUCUGUGAUGGAGGAAUGUCAUUAAGGCUGACUUGAAAGUCUUCUACUGCAGCACUUAGUCCAUUGUGUAGAGUGGUCUUCCUUUCCUCUUCAUAAGGCAAUUCUUGUGUGAGAAUAUCUCCGUUUACAUAUUCUGUGCAAAAAUGAUACAGAAAACAAUGGUGUUGGACUCUUAGUAAAAAUGUACUCAAGCUCGGAUGCAGCGAAGUUGGAAGACAAAAGACAGUGGGAAAUUCUUCCACCAGACGUAUCUGUUCGGAUGCCCACACUGCUCCUGAAGAUCCCAAUAGCUUCUUAUCUUUCGGUCGCACUGUUACAAAGGACUGGUCAAAGGUACGAACCAAGGUUGGUUUCUCAUCAACAUCACUUACAGUCCAUUUCAUUGCUCUAAAUGCACUGGGUGUUACUUGAUUCUCCACUCCGACAAAGUCAUGCUCUUUGUACUGAUGCGGUUUCUCAGUUGACAUGAAAAUCCCUCUUCCUUUCGUACCAUACCAACCAACAUCAGUAUCAGCUUUUACAGUGGCUUUGUCAUCCAUACUAAUGUCAAGUGUAAGGGAAGCAAGUUCUUCAUUCUUAUAUGCAUUCGUCCGGACAAGCUUUACAUGUGCCCGUUGAUGAUGAGUAUCUAUGUGACUAUCCUCUAAAGUUUUCUCGGGUUUCUUACAUGUAAAGAAAAAUCUCCCAUCAGACGCUUUGUGGUGACGUUUGGCCUCUCUCGUGUUACUCUUCCUGGGUUUUUGCCAUAAGGCCACUGUACGUGAGCUUUUUAUACACGGCUUGCCUUGCUCUUCUAGAUAGUGAUUUGCAAUGUCCAACAGAUCAGCCUCUUUGACUCGACUCCUAUCACAAUACAGAACCGAGUCUCGGCGUCUUCGUUCUGCACUACUGUCACUUUCUAGGGUUUUAACCACAAGUUCCGUAGUUUCUUCAUCAAGCAGAGUGGAUCGCCCUGCACCCUGCGCCCUUGCUUUGAGACUGUUUUCUUCAAUAAGAGUUUGUGCAAUUCUCGAGACCAUGGACACAAAUGCCAAUGAAUCUUCAUUUGAUUGUAGCUGACGUUUUUGACGAUACCUUUUUUGAACUGCAGACAGCUCUUCUUCAAUCCUCUUGUUAUUGACAUCUGAUAAAAAGGGAUUUUGCAAUGCUUUUUGCAAUUCCUGUUCUUUGUCAGUGAGGUGGCGAAUACUUUCUUUAAUUUUUAAGCGGGCAAUGUCUUUAGCAGCCAGUUUCGCAUUGCUAGUUUCCUCAAUGACAUAUUUCAGUCUUCAGAGUGAUGCAUCGCCUGUUGUAGGGUUUAUACCAAUGUUGUAUAGCUGUUUACCUGGUGAACACAAAAUAUCACAAAAUCUUGUGUAAGGAUGACAAUUAAAUUAAAUCUGGUA